AUGUUAGUGGUUUUUUUACAGGCCCCCAUCUUAAAAAGGCCAGACAAUGGAGUAGCUGACUCUUCAAAUGACUUACAUCAAGAGAGAAGGAUGUCCCAGUCACGAACUCUAGUGGAGGUUAUGGCCUUCUCAAUGCUCACGUCUACUAUUUUCAACGAGGUCCGUUCCUUCCUGGGCCAGAUAUCUGAUGAAGACUUCUCAUCCAGUCGACCUGCUCGAAUAGACAGGACCACAGAUAGGGCUGGAAUACAAACAGAGCGUAGCAACGGAGAUUCAAGAGAGCCAAACGAGAAUGAACAGCAUGAUUCCGAGGAUAACGACAGACAUGAUGAAGAACAAGAUCAAGGGCAAUCUGGAGUACAUUCAAGAUUCAUGCUUCCUAGCCUUAUGUCGCUUUUAAGUAGUCCGGCACGAAGAAGUCUUCUGGAAAACAGAAAUAAUCAUGAUGAUGAUGAGGAAGAGAACGGCAGUAACGGCCCCCAAGAUGCAUCUGCUAAUCCUAAUCCGAUUGCCAGUAAUUAUGGCGAUUCAGGAGCGGAUUCGGGGACAGAUGACGACGAUUUGCCUGAUGGACGGGUAAAUACAGCCCGACUGACUUUUGGUUCUAACGACUUGAGACUUGCCGAGUCGAACGGAGCCAUCUCCAUUCAAGAUCGUAUCAAUUAUCGUUAUCCAUUUUCUCGUCUGGCCUCACCAAGUAAUGAGAUUUCAUUGACCUCUUCAACAGAUUCAUCGUCUUCCUCAUCUUCGACUAACACUACCUCUCCUCUUUCCUCCACAAUGACUUCCACUCUCUCUUCAUUAUCUUCUAGUAAUGAUUCUUAA